AUGACUUGCUGUAAUCAAAAAUAUUCAAAUUAUUUGCUUGAUGAAAUCAAAUUUAACAAAAAAGCUUUCCAUCAAAAAUUCGAACAUAAAACAACAGAUCAAAAGAAACUCGACGCUGCCUCAUCAUCGAUAAUGAACAACAUCAAAAAUAAUUAUUUGUCCAUAAUAAAAAAAUUUAAUCCAAACAUUUACACUCAAAUUCUUUUACACCAAGAAGUCCAACAAUUCAAAUCCAAAUUACGCGCAACAGCACAUGAAUAUAAAUUGAAAUUUGGUGCUAUGCCAAAAA